CUUUCCCUUAUAUCUGCAAUGCAAAAGCUACAAAGUGUUUUCUUCGUUGUUUCCUAAAUGGGGCAGUUACUGUAAAGCAUCCCUUUGAUCCCACGGCCAGUUCGUGCUGCUUUGAAGAGAACUCUCUGAGUUCCCAGCAUGGCAUUCGCUGGUAUAUGUGCAUUUGUAGAGGUUUGGUCAUCGAGCAGAACAGAAAAUUACUCGAAAGCCUUUGAGCAGCAACUUCUUGAUAUGGGAGCAAAAGUUUCAAAAACUUUCAACAAGCGUGUGACACAUGUAGUCUUCAAAGAUGGACAUUCAACUACAUGGAGAAAAGCACAGAGCGCCGGUGUAAAGAUUGUUUCUGUACUCUGGGUGGAGAAAUGUCGAGAGACUGGAGUACGUGUUGAUGAAUCUUUGUUUCCUGCAGUAUACAAUAAUGAGGGCUUACCACUAAAACACAAAUGUAUGCAGCCAAAGGACUUUGUUGAGAAAACUCCAGAAAAUGAUAGAAAACUGCAGAGAAGACUGGACCAGAUGGCUAAGGAAUUAGCUCAACAAAGGAUAGGAAUUAAUGCAGAAACUGAUAUACCGGUUUUACUGUUUGAAGAUGAUGGUUCACUUGUGUAUAGCCCUGUUUCUAAAAUAAGAAAUCAAUGCAGUGAAAUGGAAAGAAGAAUAAAUGAGAUGAAGGAGAAAAGAGAAAAUCUGUCUCCUACAGCUUCCCAAAAGUUUCAAGCACCUCUAUGUUGCUCACAAGGAGACUGCCCAUUGUCUACCUCUGUAACUAACUCAGAAGACACGUUAUUGCAAGGAGAAAAAAAGAAAGACUGCUUAAACUCAAGCUGUGAUGACUUUUUCGGAACUAUUACAUCAAAGAGACAGAAAAAAGACGUAGAAAACGUCUGCGAUACUCAGACUCAUACUCACAUUUCUAUGAGUGCUUCAGUGAAUUCUCCCUCAUGUGGCUGUGACCAGAAGAGCUUAAUCCAGAAGCAAUCUAGCAGAAGAACCUUAGGUGAUGAAAAUUGUGUGUCAGAGUAUGAUGUUACUUAUGGUUCUUGCAAAGUUUUUAAUGAACAAAAAAAUAAGCACAAGGGGAUGGUAAGAAAAAACAGAAGACUCCAAAAGCCAACAAGGACACUAGUCAUGACGAGCAUGUCUUCUGAGAAACAAAGUGUAGUAAUUCAAGUGGUGAAUAAACUGGGAGACUUCAUGUUCUCAGACGAUGUAUGUGAAACAACAAGUCAUGUAGUUACAGGGAGUCCUCGUCGUACCUUGAAUGUUAUGCUGGGAAUUGCUCGUGGGUGUUGGAUUGUUUCUUAUGAAUGGGUUCUGUGUUCUUUGGAAUUUGGGCACUGGAUCUCAGAGGAACCAUAUGAACUUUCUUCCAACUUCCCAGCUGCUCCUGUCUGCAGGCUGCAGCGUCACCUAUCAGCAGGAAACUACCAGCUGAGUCUGUUCUCAAACCAGCCUGUGAUGUUUGUAUCUCCCACCAGCCAGCCACCCUGCAAAAAGCUGAUGGAGCUUAUAGAGCUGUCAGGAGGAAAAAUAUGUAAGGCCCUACGUCAGGCAAAAAUCUGCAUAGGAAAAUACCCAGGGAAGAAGUACCAGGAAAUAAAAUGUUUAUCAGAAAAAUGGAUUUUAGAUUUCUCAGAUUUCUGUUGCAUUCUGACAUGUGCUCUGUAUAAUUGCUGUAUUCUGCCCACGCAGACGGAUUUGACACGAUGAAUCUGCGGAACUUGUAAAACAUAAGUGUUUCUAUAUAAUACCUUACCAGGUACAGGUCCUUGAAACCUAGCCCCUUUCUCAGUAACAUAAUCAUACAAUAAUAAAAGCAAUGACAGCCUGUCCCUACAAAUUGUCAUCUUAAUCAAAUAAAUCAAGCCAAAUCUGAAGUUUUGUCUUCUCUCUGACACCUCAGUGUUACGAUCCAGUACGUUUGUGGUUUUGUGCUGCGAGCACCAACUGCCAAUAAAUUCACUCAAAGGUGACCACAACAAAAAGCCAAUAGGUAAAUAAUGCUGCACCUUUGUUAAACUUAAGCAAAUUGUGUUUGCACUAUUAUCAUCUGACUGCAUUUACUCUUACCGUCUUUCUCUGUCUGUUUUAGAUCAGAAAUUGCUCUGAAAUUCAUUACUGCUUUACAAUCUGUUUCUUGUGCACUUGAUCUCAAACAAUCCUGCCUUUUUAUUUCUUCUAGAUUCAAUCACUCAGCAUACAGUAUGUCCUAUGGAAAACUACAUUUUUCAGCUGUGAGCUAACUCAAGAGCUUCCAUAUGGCUGUAAGGAAACAAGCCCACUUUGGCCUCAACAACUAAGCUGUGAAUAAAAUUUCUAAGAGA